AUGCCUGACGUUAAGAGAAAUGUCAGAUUGGUGACCGAGCAGCACAUCGUGAAUAAAGACUCCGGCGUUGAAGGAUUCCCCCUCCGAUCAUGGUCAAUUGAGAUCUAUCUUGUCAACGAACACGGCGAGCAGGUGCCUGCGAAUGUCUUUGACAAAGUGACAUACACGCUGCACCCUAGUUUCGGCGACAGAGCCAUUCAGACCUUCAAGAACCCCCCUUUCAGAAUCUCAGAGGAAGGAUGGGGUGAGUUCGACAUGCAGAUAGGCCUCACUGCCGCCGACAAGGAGCAUUUCGUUACGCACGAUCUGAACUUUGCCCAGCCCCGUUACGAAUCCAAGCACGUUAUUACGUUCAAGAACCCCAAGCCUGCCCUACUAUCCCUCCUCCGCGAAUCCGGACCCGUCCCAGGAGACGAGAAUGGCGUGAAGUCGAAACGCGCCGCAACCGGAGAGGAGGGAUCCAAGAAGAAGAAGCGGACAGAGAAGAGUGUCGACAUGGACAAGCUGGCCGACGGUCUGCAGCGACUCGGCGAAGAUGAUCUUCUUCAGGUAGUACAGAUGGUGCACGACAACAAAGCCCCAGACUCGUAUACCAAGAACGAUGUUGAGCAGGGAGAAUUCCACGUCGACCUAUAUACUCUUCCAGACACCCUAAUCAAGAUGCUGUGGGAUUUCACGCAGGAGAAAGGCGCUUUGUGA